AUGUCGUCGAUAGCUACUGAUGAAGAUAUCGUAGAUAGAUGGAUUGAAAUUGACGAUUCAAUCAGUGUUCCCGAGCAAACCCUCGAUGAGAUUCUUGCCGAUAAAAUCUUGGAUUUGGAUGAGGAGAUACUGUGUGGACUGGAUGAUGAGGAGUCACUAUUCACAUCGCCGCGACAGUCGAGCCCGGCAUCAUCUGUUCCUUCCUAUACGUUGGACUCGCCCCUUCAUAUCAGAGAAUUAGAAUCCAUGACAUAUCAGUUGAAGACACGGAGCGAUAGUUUUGGAGGUCGUGCUAGAGCCUUGGCCGUUUCUAAUGCUAACGUUGCAGUCGGAACGAGUCGUGGAUUAGUACUGAUUUUUGACUGUGAAAAUCAAAGACUAGUUCACUCAAUGACAACAGACGGUUGCCCUGUAUCGUGUCUUGACUUCAACAAAGCUAGUACACUUUUGGCCAUUGGUUAUGGUUCCGGUCUAAUACGUAUAUUUAAUGUUACUAUGGGUAAAGUAAUGGACAACGUCAGUGACGUAGUGCAACCUGGUCAAGGCGUACUGCAAAUUCUUUUUUGUGAAAGUGACAAGAGACUUGCUUGUCUUGACAGUGGAGGUUCGGUUUAUGAACUAACAUUACCAACAACAGUUCGAUCACGGAAAACUCGCUGUGUUUUCUCGGGUUCUCAUGGAGAGGUCGUAUAUUUGAAAUUGUUGGACAGCGAUGUCUUAGCUCUCUUAUCACUCAAGAAAUUGUUUCUAGUAAGCUUGAAGAAGAUGUGUUUGAUAUAUGCUAUUUCAUUCAUUGGACCGGCCAAUCGCCCACCUUUAAUUGAUUGUCAGACAGUAAAUAUCAAGGAAACAUCAGAAAGUAAAAACACUGCUUUCUGUCUGGCACGUGGUUCGAGAGUUGAUUUCUAUUACUUAAAUUAUGAAUUUUCAAGUUUGCGAGUUCUGCGUUAUGGAGAAUUAUCAUUGGAUUUUGACAUGAUAAAUCUAAAGUGGGUAGAGUCAUGUUACUUGAUCGCCGUGGAUGAUGUUGAAAGGGUUCAUAUGAUCGAGACUAUGCAAGGAGAUAUUGCAAUGGAAAAUAUUCGCGAUAUACAACUAGCAUAUGCUACUGCUGAUUUCAAGGGCUUAUCUACUGGAGGUAAUGUAAGUGCUGCCUUGGAUUAUUUGGCUGAUUGCGUAUGUUAUCAAUCUAUUUGUCGCGUUGAAAAAAUGAUAUUUCUUCUCGGCCAGUCUUCUAUUUAUAUGAUCUCCAUAAGAGACCGAAUAACGCAAUUGGAAAACUUAGUUAACCGAGGACAAAUGGUAUCAGCGAUUCUUUUUGCUCUUGAUAUUGUUAUGGGCAGAGUCGUUAAUAAAAGGGAAGGACUAAAUUUGAGACAUGUCGUUUCUUCGCGAAUUCCUAGUCUUAUUCAGUCGUUGCUAGCUUUGACCAUAUCUGGUCCAGCCAAUGGAAAAGUGACACAACUUGUUGAUCACUAUAAAAAACAUAUCCAGCUCCUCAUACGAGCAUGUGUUGCUACCAGUCAAUUUGAUUUACUCUAUAAUACAGUGUACAGUUGCUUAGAAAGAGACACCCUUUCCAAGGCAAUAUUUUACGACCUCAUCGAUGAAGUUGUAUUGGAUGGGCGAUUGGAAAACCCACCUCCUGCAUUAGUUUCGGAUUAUUUUCAUCAUUUGAUAUCAGAAGGAAAUUUAAACCAAUUUGAAGCAGCGGUAGUGCGUAUUCCAGUUGAGAAACAGGAUAUUCAUUUUGUGAUGACUACUUGCAGAAAAAAUAGACUUUAUGACGGCGUCAUAUAUGUUUACAAUAAGGCAAUGUCAGAUUAUAUAGGGCCACUUGAGGAGAUAUUUGAUAAUUUAGCAGAGCUUACCGAUUGUGAAAUGCUAUCAGACUGCGAAAUAGCGCUAGGAAAUAAGUUAUUAUUGUAUAUUCAGUGUUGCUUGUCGGCCAGAGCUUACCCAAUUGGAUCUUUGCCGGAAAAAGUUGCUGCAACUCUUCCCUUGCAAGUGUAUCGCUGCCUGAUUUCCUACAAAGGCAAGAAUGGUACAUCAGCUUCAAUUACAUAUCCAUAUUUACAACUGCUUAUUAAGUUUGACGCUGUUCAGUUCUUUAAUGUUAUAUUUACAUGUUCAGACAGUGAUAUUUUUAAUUCAGAAGACGGGAGAUUACAGAGAAUUACAGAAGUGGUGUAUCAAAUAAUUAAGUCGAUGGAUCGAAGUGCAGUACUCUUUAUCAAUUAUUUCACUCUUGUUGCUUAUCUGUUGCAGAAAAAAGCAAUUUUUCCAGCGCUUGGCACCAUCAAUGAGUUGAUUGAGAUGGUAUUAUCAUUUGGUGAGUCUGUUGAGCGGGUAGCAGAUGCUGAGAGAUGUGUUGUGGAGGUAAUGAAAAUUGUGAAUGGUCUUGAUGAGAUGAAGAUAUUGCGACAAGCCAGAAAACUACCUCACUUGCAGGUCUGCUCAUACAUUUAUGUAAACAGACGGGAAUUCGUCAGUUUAAUGGAGUGUUAUCUUAGUAGCUCAACGAAUGCAAGAUUCGCUAAAAUCGAUUAUAAUCAGACAGCCGAAAUUAUUCUUGAUCACUUUAUGGAUUGGCUAUCCAAGGAAACAUUGGAAGACAGUGAUGCAUUAAUACUUUAUUAUUGCUUCUUAGCAAGGCGUGAUCGUGGAUAUCGGACUUUAACCGAUUCUGAGGAACGUGAUGAACAGCUUUUGAUUCUUGCUGUAAAGGAAGCUGUAGUACAUAAUUUAUUUGAAAAUCUAGACACGCAAUUAAGUGAGUUUCUGCGGUAUUGGCUAACGAUAGCAUCGAGAACAGAUCGAUGCUUGAAUUAUACAGUGAAAAAUGGAUUUAUUUUGUCAAGUGUGUUACUUUUGGAAGCUAGGAAACUUCUGGAAGGAGCUUUUGAACUGCUUGAAUAUGAACUUGAAAAAAGAUGGAUGAAAGAUGCAAUGCUUUCAUCGAAAUAUAUUUACGAAGCAAUUCGUUUGGCUAAUAUUUAUCAUGAAGAGGCUCGACAAGGAAGCUGGUUGUUCAAAAUACUGAAUAGAAUCCUUUCGCUUCCAGAAUCAGAACUUCAGGAGGAGCCAGGUCUUAAAGGUGUGAUGGUGAUAUUGAACAACGUAAUCACUGCAAUUAUGGAAAGUGGAAGCAGUGAUGCAGAACGUUUGGUUGAUGCUUUAUUUACCCACCCAGUAUUUCGAUGUUCAACAUAUGCAAAUUUUCGUUCACUAAUAACGUUCAUGUUCUCAUCAUGUCGCUACGAGGAUGUAUUCUUGAAAGAAACCAUACGAUGUAUCGAGGGAGAAACUAUACAAAUGUUAAACGAUUUAAUAAAGCAAGCGACACGUCGUACUGCUGGCUUAAUCAAAUCGACUAUGUGCAUUAGUUGUGGGUGCUCACCAAGAAAAUCAUCAUAUCUAUAUAGUUGUGGCCAUAUGGUUCAUAUGGACUGUGAUUCCGAGAACAGUUCGCAUUAUUGUUUGUGUCAGAUAAAUGCUUUCAAUUGUUGUAAUAUUACAAACAAUUUGAUUUGCGGAUCCAGUCAAGUGACUCGAAAACCAGCGAGAGUUGAUAUCUUUUCGGAAGAGUCUCUGAAACUACUACUGGGACCACACAGACUGGAAUCUUAG